AAUGACAUAGCGCCUGGGAAAUGGGCCCGGUCCCAAAGGCUGCAUGUGCCGUGAAGGGCGAGGCCCAGGGAGGGCAGCUCCCGCCUGAGACCCCCCAGGCUACACGGCACUAAGGCUGCUCCCCAUUCUUGUGCCGGCGGCGUUUACCUCCGCACAUCCCACCACGUUCGUGCGUCACACGUGCAAUCGGUGCAUUGACCUCCUCCUUUGUUUUCCCCUUCUCCCCGCAGCCGGCCUUCCCUUCCGCUGGCCCUUAGUCCUGGAGGGAAGGACAAUCACAUCAGCCGCGAAAUGAAUCACCCGUUCAACUUCUGUUCCAGGCUUUGCUGAUCUCAGCCGGGCCAUCAGAUGAGCACAGAGCUAAUCGCAUCACACCUGAGACCAUUCCAAGGGAAGCUGUUAGUACAUCAAAAAACCCGCCUUACCAGUCAGAUAUUCAGGUUGCCAGAUCAAGCGCUGGAAAGAUUAAAAAUGCCAGAAAAUCUCGUCUGUGAAUACCUGGGAUUCAUCACAGCCACCUUUGAACUACCCCCUUCUUGACAGGACUGCGCUGGGGAGGGGGCGCGGCUGGAAUUCUCACCUCAUCGAAAUGAAUUAGGAGGCAGAGUGGGUGGAAGAUGAGACAAACUGUCACCUUUCCGGCUGCUGUUUUAGGCCAGGCAAUUUCUGCAAGGCUGAAUAAACCAUGCAGCACACAGCUGCUUUCAAAGUGGUGGCCGAAACUCUACAUUUCCUUUGGUAAUGAAAGUUCAGGCUUGGCAGAAUCAGAAGGAAUCCAGCAUUGCAGAAACACUAAGCAGAAAGGAUCAACAACUUUUUGACGUUCGCUGGAAUCAGCUGCGCAUCCAUGGAAAGAAAUAUCUCAACCUGCCUCAGGCUGAAAUGCUGUUGGGGAUGAUGGGACUCACCUGCCACCAGAUCCGGAUUUGGUUCCAGAAUAGAAGAGGGAAGCACUGGAGACUUUACACUGGAGAUGGGACACCUGGGAGUAGCCUCUGUACCCUGCAGACCCAGUGCUGUGCACACUCCUGCAAUGAUCCAUUCUCCCUGUUUCAUUGGCCAGCACUUCCUGGAUCCCCAGGACCUGAUCCAGGGAUGCAAUGGGCUCUGCAGGGACCAGCAAGCUCUGCAUUGAUUCCAGCAUCGACCGGGCUCCCCUCCAGCCAGCUCCCAGCUGUAGUUCCAGGGCUACAACACACAGGCCCCAGAAACCAGCCUAGGAACCUCUCCCCCUGCUGUGCAACCAGUGGCUAUUGACUCUACUUCCUCCUCUACCCCCAGGUUCAGUCCAUGGAGUCUCUGGAGCUGUCACUGUUAAUCACUCUGCUCUCUUCAUGGACACAUGUUGACACCCAGGGAGUAACUUCAGCUUUCCUGUCUGGACUCCCCACUGGCUCUGUUUCCCAGCCUGAGUCGGGGAGUUCUCAGGCUCUUUCACUCCUAAGGAAUCUCUGACACUCUUCACUCAUGAAAACACCAAGAUUCCUUCAGACUAAGCGAAAAGCUGGGCAGAAGGAGAGGGAAAGAGCUGUGGUUUAAGUGUUUGCAGAAUG